AUGGCAAGGGUAGAUUCUGCCAAAUUUUCGUCAAAGGUUGAAUACAGGGCUGUUAUUAGGUACCUCUACUUAAAAGAGAAACCGGGAAAGGAGAUACAUGAUGAAUUGCCAGAUGUUUAUGGUGACAGUGCACCUUCGCAUGCACAGGUCAAAUUCUGGGUUGCAGAAUUUAAGAGGGGUCGGGUGAACCUGGAAGAUGAGCCACGCCCUGGCAGGCCUGUAGAGGUGACCAAUGACCAAACAAGUGAAGCUGUGAGACAACUGGUUGUCAAAGACAGGCAAAAGAAGGUUUGGGAUGCAGACAACUUAAUGGAGAUAAUUGUUGCUGGUGAUGAAACCUGGGUACACCACUAUGACCCAGAAACCAAAGAACAGAGUAAGCAGUGGACUGGCUUUGCUUCACCCCGUCCCAAAAUGUUUAAGACUCAACCAUCGGCUGGCAAAGUCAUGGCAACCAUCUUUUGGGAUACCAAAGGGGUCUUGCUCACUGACUACUUGCCACGUGGCCAGACUAUUAAUGGAGAGUACUACUACGAUCUCCUGGACCGUUUGCGGACUGCUAUUUUUGCCAAAUAG